AAUAAAACGGGAAAACUUCAGUCAAAAUGUUACUCGUUAUUCUUUCCAUUGUCUCGAGUUCUUUUCCUUUCCGCUUCCCCCUAAUAGUGGACUUGGCCCACCUCAGUACACAAUGGCUAAACCAUUUGGCUAAUGUGUCGUUGGUUCCGGGAUGUCGAGGAUGCCUAUGUGGACAAAGCAGAAAGGAGCAUCAUCCGCCGGCUCCGUGCGCCCCAGUAUACCCGCAUCGACGAAGGAGCAAGUCACCGUCCUGGUUAGGCCGCGCGUUAACACUGUAAUAAAAUGAGGGGCCGAAAAAAGAAAAAAAAAU